AUGAAGAGCCUGCUCCUGACUGUCCUGCUUCUGGGGCUGGUGGCUGUCCUGAAGGCUCAGGAAGACCUGCCAGAUGACAAGGAGGAUUUCUCUGGGACCUGGUAUACAAAUGCCAUGGUAUGUGACAAGGACCAUACAAACGGGAAGAAACCCAAGAAAGUGUACCUUAUGACUGUAACUGCCCUGGAAGGAGGGGACUUGGAGAUCACGAUAACAUUCCAGAAGAAUGGUCAGUGUCAUGAGAAAAAAAUUGUGAUUCAUAAAACUGAUGAUCCUCACAAAUUCACUGCCUUCGGUGGCAAAAAAGUCAUCCAAAUUCAGGCGACUUCUCAAAAAGACCACUACAUCUUGUACUGUGAAGGCAAACACAAGGGGAAGCUACAUCGCAAGGCAAAACUUCUGGGGAGAAAGCCUGAGAAAAGCCCAGAGGCCAUGAGAGAAUUUAUGGAAUUUGUAGAGAGCAAGAAAUUAAAAACGCAAAACAUCAUUGUACCAGAGCAGAUGGGUCAGUGUACCCCUGAGAGUGACUAG